UACCAGUUAUGCUACUGCUCCACCUGCGUCUUAACGCGUUAAAUUUUGGCAUUACGCAGAUGUGGCCAACGUUUUAAUGUCAAUUUAUACUAAUGGCAAUAUAAAUAGCAUUAAACGUUAAGCGAUAACUCGGGUGUCGGUUUUUUGGACGCAUCAAAGGGUUUUAGUGCGUAGCUUAUAGCGCUAAGUGAUGUUGGCUACAUUAAUGCCAUCUCAUUGGACGCAUGCAAGGACGAGUGUAGAUACUUUGUUUAAGUUGUAACUGCAUUUUACGAGCACGAUAAUGGAAUGGUCAAAUGAGAAAGCUUUAGUUUUUAGAAUUAUUUUGUGUAUCUGAAUUUAAUCUCUUUAAUGUAUGUUAACGCGUUACUUCAUGAGGGAUUAACUCUUUGCGUAAGUGUAGCCAACACGCAUUUUUAAUGCUAUAAGUAACGUGUAGUUGGCCAUUGACAUUAACGUUAACGCUAACGCAGGUGGAGCAGGAGCAUAAAACGGACUCCCAUGUGUGAACGGGCCGUUAGCUGUCAAAAUGUACGGAGUGUCUCCCCCCUGGUGUCCAUUGAGUGAAGUGUUUGUGCUUAUCCUCUCCGCUUUAACUGUAAUAAACCCAGUUUCAUUGGGCUUUUUUCUUUACGCAAAAUGUAUUAUAAGUGCUGCAUGUGUAAUGUACGCGACAGGACGCUAUUUUGUACCAUUUCCCAUCCACUGAGAAAAGACUCCAAAUGUGGUUAAAGUGUUUACCUUCGGCUCGGGAUGAUUUGAAAGCGCUAACGCAAAACCAGCUUUCGAAGUUGUUUGUAUGCUCAAAACACUUUGAAUGCGGUUUGUCACCCAGAAGUCUCGUCUCGUAGGAUCGGCGUAUCCUACACUUUUCAGUGCAGAGGAGAUAUCAAGAGGAACACCAUCUCAAAAUGAGAAUGUGGACCCACAGACCGAUCAUACUUACUGCCGAAAGAGACACUUUGACCAUACUUAUGCAAAACAGAAACCUUUAGCAGAAUUAUCUUUAAACACAGGAGGAAUGCAACCUGUGGAUGUACCAGGAACAUCUCACAUAUCAGUGGCAUGUGAAGACUUCCCUUCAACCACAGGCACGACCACUUUUUCAGGCUCGCUGAAUACAGUGGUGUUAAAGACCAAGGCAAGGGCAAGAAAACGAAUUAUAAAUAAAAUAAAGGAUUUGACACCAACUGGUAAAAUUAUAUAUAAAGAAUACCAGAAAGCCAAAGACGAGGCUAACUUCCUGAAGAGAGCUCGAAGAGCUUUAAAAUUCAGCAAGGACAAGUCCUUUGAAGAAUUAACAAAGGAAAUGAAUCCAUUUGCAAAAACUAUUAUGAAAAUGCAAAUUAAUUUAUGCUCAAAAAGUAAAAAAGGGCGACGCUUUACUGAGGAAGAAAAAUUAAUAGCAUUGUCCAUAAUGAAACAAAGUCCUAAGGGCCAGGCCACAACAGUGCGUUGCGGCGUCGCAUCGCAAAAACAACAUUGCACAGCUAUGCGGUUAAUAUGAUAUGCGUCGUUGAUUUUUGCGAUGCGACGCCGCAACGCACUGUUGUGGCCUGGCCCUAAGUGUUACAGAUUUUUACACGAAAUUUUCGUCUUGCCCUCACGAUCAACUCUAAAUAAAAUGGUUGCAAAGCUCUCUAUUGGACCAGGAAUUUGUCAACAAGUGUUUGACUUACUAAAAAAAGAGGUUGCUACAUGGGAUGAGAAAAAAAAAAUUUGUUCAGUCAUCUUCGAUGAGAUGUCAUUAGACACUGCUUUAACCUACGAUAAAAACAGAGACUGCAUCAAUGGCUUUGUAGAGUUAAAUGAAAAGCAGAGCCAGUUUGCCGACCAUGCACUUGUUUUCAUGCUCAGAGGAGUGGUGUACAAGUGGCAGCAACCAAUUGCUUUUUAUUAUUGUCAGGGGGCCACAUCAGGGACUGAGCUUAAAAAAAAUCUAAGAGAUGUUGUGGCUGUUCUCGUGGAAUGUGGUCUGAAGCCUAUGUUGGAUUAUAUAAAGCAAAAACUAAUACCCCUAACUUUCGAUAACAUUGUUCUUUGUUCUAUCUGAACAAUCUACUGUUUAUUUAACUCUACACACACUGCGUCACGGGAUCUUGUUAGACGGACGUAUUGCUUCCAAGUACCAUUUAAAGUAUAGAAUAAAUAUUUCAAUAUCAAAUUAGUA